AUGGACCCAGCCGCCAAUCUUUCAGUGUCCCGCGCCCGAGGCCGUCCGCCGCCACCCAAGACUCCGUCGCCAGUGAGCGUCGACGAGGAACUGUACGACUGCCUCGACUACCACUACCUGCGUGACUUCCCGGCUUGCGGGGCCGGGCGCAGCAAGGGCCGGACGCGGCGGGAGCAGCAGCUGCGCACCAACCGGCCGGUGCCCGGCGGCCACGAGCGCAAGGUGGCGCAGAAGCUCAUCAGCGGCCAGCGCAAGCGCCGCCAGCGCCAGCUGCAGCCCCGGCCGCGCACCCGCCUCACCUGAGCGCCGGAAACCUGAAGGUCCUGUUACAAGCAUUUUCACCAACUCCAGCUGAAAUUGUGGUCCUCCAUGUUGGUCAACAGAACUUUCCAUAUUGCUUACCUUUGCUGCUUCCAUUUUUUCCUUACUAGUUAGCUAUUACGCAAGUGGGAAGGCCUUUUUAGGGUUUCUGAUUAAAAGAGAACACAAGUGUGGCAUUUUAA